CUAUAUUCGCACCACACACCUACCUCGUGGGUGUCAGUACAUGCGGAGCCUCUCCAACAUGAAGGUCGGCAUCGUCGUCUUGUUGGUGCUCCCCAUCCUCGUGCCGGCCUGGAAUCCGAAAUGCAUUUCCACCCCGGUCGGCUUUGGUCGCAACACCACCGGUGGCUCGGGAGGCAGGACCGUCGUACCCACCAGCCUCAGCCAGCUGACGGACUUCCUCAAGAGCACAGAGAGGCUAAUCAUUGACCUGCAGACGACGUUCGACUUCACCAAGUCGGAGGGCACGGCCAACGACAAAGGGUGCUUCUACAACAACUGUGGCGGCAACGGCCAAAAGUCCCUCAUCCAUGAUUCGACUUCUUGCGCCAACCGGAAUAGCACGACCGUUUCCUACUACAAGGCCGGCACGACUGGGCUGAUCGUGUCCUCGAACAAGACCAUCCGGAGCACCAACGGGAAGGGCGUCCUCGUGGGCAAGGGUCUCCGCAUCAGCCUUGCCAACAACGUCAUCGUCCGCGACAUCACCUUCCAGGACAUCAACCCGCAAGUCAUCUGGGGAGGCGACGCCAUAAUCUUCGACCGAGUGUCCAACGUGUGGAUCCACAACUGCACGUUUAGGCGCAUCGGCCGCAUGCACCUGGUGACGUGGACGUACGCCAACACCGGCAUCACCGUCUCCUCCUGCCAGUUCGACGGCACCACGCCGUACUCCGUGUACUGCGACGGCCAGCACUACUGGCUGUGGCUCUUCUGGGGCACCAACGACCAGAUCACGCUUUUCAACAACCGUGUCUACAACGUGGCGGGCAGGAUCCCUCACGCGUCUGGAACGUCUACAGCGAAAUCUGUGGUUCAUCUGGUGGGUAACGAGUUUGACACAAACAAGCACAACGGUAUGGAGCCGAGGAGAGGAUCGUAUAUUCUCGCCGAGGGGAAUAAGUUCAUCAAUUACAGAAAUGUGGUACUCCCGAGUGCUCAGGGGGGCUUCCUGGAACUUAUCGACACAGCGGCUCAGGCAGCCACCUGCCAAGCCUAUUUCGGACAGUCCUGCAAGGUGAACACGUAUCAGAACACCACCCGGAGUCCAGCCCGCGCGGACAUAGCCGUGCUCAACCAGUUCUCCAAGCUGGACAGAACCGCCAUCAACGGCGCCCGCGCGGCCGUCUGCGAGUAAAAACGGAUGCAAUGCCUAAAGAAACUGCUACAAACUGGG